AACCGGUUACGCAACUAAAACAGAAACCAAAUUGGAUUUAAUGAGAUAGACAUUAGGGAUGUUACCGUCCCAUACAAAAUUAUUCAUAGCUACUAAAAUACUCGCAUUACAAUGCGUUUUUUUCACUAACACUGGGGAUGACGGCCGACAAAAGGGUGGGCCGGGCCAAAUAAUUGCCAAAACGCUUCGAGAGUCCCAUUGUGUUUAUUUACAAUAGGGUGCACUAAGUGGGGGUAGUUUUUGUAAUUGUAACUUGCGGAGCGAUCGCCCUUCGAUACCAGUUGUAGAUCCACCGUCGAGCGACAAACAUGUCUCGAUCAUUCCUAGUUGAUACGUUAAUCAGUGAUACUAAAGACAAGACUAACAUGCCUAGUGACAAUCCUUACACAUUGCUGCAACAUAUGGACACCAGGCCAAAGUUCCUACCGUACCCAUACCCGAGCAAUCUAAACAAUUUGCUGGGUCUGGGUCUCCCGCCUCGGACGCCUGAACUCUUCAGACCUUUCUUAGAGCAUCUGAAUUUCCGUUAUCCUUUAAUGCAGCAGCUACCACAGACAGAAUUAUACGAGCGCAGUGAAUCAAGACCGUUCUACUUGAAAACUGAAGAACAAGAACCAAUAAACUACGUCAACAGAAGGAAGAAAUCAGUGUCGCCGUAUUUACAUCAUCCGUAUAAGUCUGCGGCAACCUCUCCUUCAAAAAGUCAAGGCCAACGCUCGCCUUCACUCUCCAGUGACAGUAGAAACGGCACACCAAGCCCGCCGCUUGCGCACCCUGAAGAACUCCUCCCUGGAUACUCUAAAGACUUGAAACGUAUGCCGUUGAAAGAGGACUCUAGCAAGCGCAUCAGAACAGCUUUCACUGGCACGCAACUUUUGGAAUUAGAACGCGAGUUUUCCAUGAACAUGUAUCUUUCGAGAUUGAGGAGAAUCGAGAUCGCUUCAAGACUGAAACUUUCUGAGAAACAAGUGAAGAUCUGGUUCCAGAACCGUCGGGUUAAGCUGAAGAAGGAGGAAACCCCGGCUGCUGCCGACGGCAGAGUUAAGAAGUGCUGUUGCUCGAAAGCUUCUUGCAGCUCCAAAACCCAACCGGAGGCGGGUUGUGACAACGACCAAGAACAAAUUGACGUAGUCAGUGAUAACGAUAGUUUUGAAGUUCAAAAUUUAAAGUAUUCCUAAAAAGUCUAAUGGUGUUAUUUAUAAACAGACUUCAAGCCUCAAUUAGCUAUUCGUUUGUCUUAUAAGUUAUUUUGACUUAUGUAUUUGUAAGAACGGGAUAAAACGUAAACUAACUACCUGAGGCCUCUCAAGUUGUAACUUAUAUGAAUAAGGGGAUAAGACAAUGAUAAUAAUGAAGUUUUAUGGACUUGAAGUAGGUACAAUUUUGAUUUAUUGAUCAUUCUGCAAACAUGUUAUUUAAACAACCUUAUUAUUAUAAUUAUAGACAUAAUUUGAGCCAAUAAGCCGAGCUUGUAACAAAAUGAAACGAUAAUAUUACCAUAUAAAUUGCUAAUUA